AUGAUAAAAAUUUUUGUAGUUUUUAUAUUUAUACUUGUUUCUUUAUCAUGCCUUUUGCCUUUCACAAAUGCUAAACCCACUUUAGAAACAAAAGUGCACAAACUUAACGAGGAAACGCGCAAGAACCAAGGCGUGGUUGAACUCGAUUCUAAUUUGUACGAUGAAUUUGUUUCCGCACCGAGGAAUUAUUCUAUAGCUAUUUUAUUAACAGCGCUAGAGCCACAAAUAAACUGUGUGCCAUGCAAAGAAUUCGAUCCGGAAUUUCGAUUAGUUGCAAAUAGCUGGUUAUGGUCUGGAAACGAUCCUUCGCGUUUAUACUUUGGAAUUUUGGACUUUAAGAAUGGUAGGGAAAUUUAUGCCAGGCUAAACUUGAAUAAUGCUCCAACAUUAUUUUAUUUUCCGCCAACGAUUGGCCCAUUUGCUCAAAAAGUAUUUGAACAGGAUCGAUAUGAUUUCAAUAGACGUGGGUUUACCGCUGAAUCCUUGGCGUCAUUUUUAGCACAUCAUUUGGGUACAGAAAUUCCAAUUAGCCGUCCUUUGAAUUAUUUUUCCAUUUUCCUUUCCAUAUUCUUUCUACUGGCGGGUCUGGCUGUGUUGAAGUUGAUGUAUCCUACGAUACAGAGCAUAAUUUUAAAAAAGAACAUAUGGACCGCAUUAUCAUUGGUUAUCAUUCUUAUGAUGAUUUCUGGACACAUGUGGAAUCAUAUUCGAGGUGCGCCUUACAUAUCUAUACAUAGCGGUAAAGUCAAUUAUGUCGCGCAUGGUUAUUCAAAUCAACUAGGCAUAGAAAGUCAAAUCGUGGCUUUAAUAUAUGGAGUCAGUGCGUUAUCUGUCGUAUCACUUAUCAUUUCAGUACCGAAAAUUGAGGACAAAACGAAACAACGUUUUGGAGUUUAUGUAAUUAUUUUUGUUUUCAUUUAA